AUGGGACAGAUGUUUGACGAGUAUAGUGCCCUUUUUAUAGCGAGGGAUAUGUUAGCAGAUAUACAAAAAGAUCUGAACAUUAACAAUGAUCAAGGUGGGCUUCUACAGACUGCCUUCAUCGUAUUCUAUAUGGCCUUUGGUCCACUGUUUGGAUUUUUGGGUGACAGAUACAGCAGGAAAUACCUGAUGGCGUUCGGUGUGUUUUUGUGGAGUCUAACCACCCUGGCUGGUUCUUUUAUGACUAACUAUUGGUGGUUCCUACUCUUUCGGGCGAUGGUUGGCAUAGGAGAGGCCAGCUAUUCUACCAUAGCUCCUACUAUACUCAGCGAUCUCUUCGUUGGAGAUAUGCGUUCAAAAAUGUUGGCAUUAUUCUAUUUUGCCAUCCCUGUAGGAAGUGGUUUGGGCUACAUAGUGGGAGCAGAAACUGCCAAACUUUUCGGCAAAUGGCACUGGGCCCUAAGGGUGACCCCUGGCCUAGGGGCUAUCGCCGUUGUAGUCAUCGUUUUCUUCCUCAAAGAACCGGAAAGAGGAGCUAGUGAAGGGAGUGGUCACAUGGAGGCCACUUCUUGGAGAAGAUACUGUUAUAUUGUCAAAAGUAAUAAGAGUUUUAUGCUGUCCACUGCUGGAUUCACGUGCGUGGCCUUCGUAGCCGGUGCUUUGUCAUGGUGGGGUCCAAAAUACAUUGAAAUGGGCUCAGCACUUCAAGGAAAUUAUCAAACGGAUACAAGAGGAGGAAUGCUAUUGUCCUGUCCUUUCGUGUUCAUAGCCAUCUUCAUGGCUAGAUACUCCACCGGAGCAUGUUUCGCGCUGGUCUUCUUUGGAGAACUGUUCCUGAAUCUCACCUGGGCCAUAGUGGCCGACAUCCUAUUGGUAAGUAUUUGUACAAGGAGAUCGACAGCUGAAGGCUUCCAGUUGCUCAUGUCCCAUGCAUUGGGUGAUGCAGGUAGCCCUUACUUAGUAGGAGUGCUAUCAGAAGCCUUCGCUAUCAUGCUCACCAAACAUGACAGUUCGAGUUCGACGAAUAGCACGUUAACAACAACUAUAUCUCCAUCGCCCACGGAUGAAGUUAGUUUUAAGUCGUUACAGUACGCUUUGUUCAUCACGUGUUUCGUGGAGAUUCUUGGAGGGUUCUUCUUCCUCCUCAACGCCUUCUAUUUGGUGGAGGACAGAGAAAAGGCUGAACAAGCGAUUCAUGCUGGAACUGUCCAGGCACGUCAAACCAAUUCUACCGACCCAUUGGCCGUGGAUAAGAGCACUGAAAAUUUGUAAACACGGAAUCCCCUACUCAUAAACGAGGACCAACAGUCUUCGUAACGAUGCGUCACAUUCUCUUAAGACUCGACGAGAAUAUACGUCAACUUUUUUAGACUAAACGUGUGGGUAAAAAUGUGUUGUGUAAUUUAUUUAUGAAAGUGUUUCGUGUGAGUCCAGUAAGUCCAGAGAGCUUAGUGUAGUGCAUACUUUAUUUAUUUGACUGUUUUAGAAAUAACUUUUAGUGUUAUAACAGAAAAUUACAACAAAUACACCAAAACACUUUAUUUUAGGCAGUUUCAACUAUAGGCACUCGGUUGGUAUUGUUACCGAGUGUAACAGUAAAUUACAGUAAGUAGGACAGUAGAGAGCUGGAAUGAAUAUAAAACAGAUAUCUCUGUUUAUAUUCUAUUUAUCUUUAUUUAUUUUUAUGUUCUCGCAAAUGUCUUAACUGCCUGUAAUUUUGUACAUGGUAAUUUUUUGUCUAAAACAGUGGAGAAAAUUGCUUUCAAAAUAUAAAACAAAGUGUUCUACUGUAUUGUGAUAGAUUUUUGUAAUUUUCUGUUUGGCUGUUAGAAAACUUGGAGAGUUUUUACAAUGAAUUUUGAGAAUUUUAUACCGAGUGUGGAGUUUGAGACAAGUAGUCUGAUAUUUAAUAUAAAUCAAUUAUUUUGUACAGAGAGGUCAACAAGUUCUAACCUACAAAUAGUAAGCUUUAUUUUUUAUCAGUUAAUCAAAAUAUUUCUUUUUAACAGGUGAUUUUUACUAAUUUCUUGCCCUGGUAAUCAUUCGAAUCAUGUGCUAUCAUCACUGCCAUUUCAUAUAAAAUUAUUAAAUUGUUAAUAACGAAAAUUUUUGUUAGGGUUGUCAAUCAAGAUACUUUUAUAUCUCAAUUUUAUUAUAAAGGAAGCUUUUUUGAGGUUUAAAAAAAACAUGUAAGAUGUGUAUUAUUAAAAUUUUGCUGAGAUUUUAUAUAGAUGUCCCAUAUUUUUUCCUAUAUAUAAAUAAAUAUUAUAUAGCUUUGUUACUAGAGCUUUGUACCUACGGGUAAAUUAGAGAUAACUGUACUUAUCAGUGUUUAUACCUAAUCACAAUAUAGCACAUUUUAUAAGAGACUUAUAAUAGAUUUUUUACUGGUGGUAACUUACCCACUGUUAUGAAUUAGAGAUAUAAAAGAGCAGAACUGGCAAUAAAACGUGCAAGAAAGAUAGCUAUAAUCUUUUAUAGUUCCACACCAAUCAUCAAUUUUAGGGUGUGUCUGGGAUCAGUUCAUUUUGUCCAGAAAAUUUCAAGUACGUUCCGAAAUUAGAAAUUUGAGUGCGUUCCGACUUUAUUAACUUCAAAUAGGUAUAUCUGGUAUUAUAACCACAAAAGUGAAAUGACAGUUACUAGAAACAAUGUAAAGUUGAAUUUUUUUACACGUGUUCUUGCCAAUCUGUUUCUUAUAAUAUCUCUAUUAUACAAACUACCACUGUAUUGCAAGGUACUAAAACCCAGUACUUUGUAAAAAUACCACAAUUGAAAAAAAAAUUACGUCAAGGAUCCCUGGGAAAACGAAGCCAUCCCAUUCCAAGCCUACUUGACGCCGUUUUUUUUCGAUCGUAUGGUAUUAAAAUAGGCUUUACGGUAUUAUAUUAAUUAUAAUUAUUGUAGAAUACAUCGUAUGCCGAGAAGACUGAAUAUUUUACUUUAUAAUAUUGAAAAGGAAACAGCCCGUAUUAAUUUAGCUUGUGAGAAUCUAUUUAUGUUAUUUUUAAGACAAUUUUUUUGAAAAAAAUUGUAUUUUACAAGAAUAUAUUGAAAUUAAAAUUUAAUUUAA